AUACAGCCGCCAUUGUUCUUUCCUCCCUCCCAUUGUUAAGCCCACACAAAUCUCAUUCCUUCCUCUCACGUUUUACAUUACAAUCUUCUCUUUUCCCCCAUUUUCAUAUCAGCACCCCCCUCUCUCAGGCUCUUGUCACCUCAUUUGUGCUGAGCAGAGUAGAUAAGAUAUAGGGAAGAAAAGGUUCUUCUUCUUCUUCUUUGUCUUCUUGGGCUUUGAGUGAUUGUUUUUCUGCGAAUUGGAAGGCCUAUAUUAUUCCUGUUGUUGCUGUUGAUAAAAACGAUAAGGCACGAUGAAGUACGUGUUGGUGACCGGUGGAGUGGUUAGCGGCCUUGGCAAAGGAGUGACUGCAAGUAGCAUUGGCCUCAUUCUCAAGGCCUGUGGGCUUCGCGUUACUGCCAUUAAGAUUGGUCUCUUUUUUUUUUCUUCCUCUACCUCUCCUUCAAAUACUAUGUAUAUGUCCUCCCCAUUCCUGGUCUAUUUUUAUUUUUUGUUUUAUGUUUUGUUUUUAAUAUUUUAUUUCAUUCCAUUCCUCUUUCCUCGAUUGAAAUCCAAAGGAUGCGGCAGAUCUCCAUGUUAAACUUCUCAGAUGUUUGACUAUUGCCGUGAUCUUUGCCUUCUACCCUUUGUGCAGAACAAUUUUUUUUUAUCUUUUUUCUUUCCACGCAAAUGCAAAAGAUGAGUUCUGUUGUGUCACGUUUCUUUCUUCUUUAUAAAGAACUUAGUUGCAGCAGGUACUUUUGUUUUGCUCUGGUUCUGUUUUGUUUUUCCUAAAAAUAUAUGUAUGAUUGAAAUUCUUGAGAAGGAUUCUCUUCCCUGGGUUGAGUGUCUCAUUAUAUCAGAUGCUUGUCUUUGUAGAUUGUCCACGUUUGUGUGCAUCUGAAAUUUUGCUCUCCAUUUAUUCCCUUUUCAGAUUUCUAUAAUCCCUACUUAAAUACUGAUGCGGGAACAAUGUCCCCUUUUGAGCAUGGAGAGGUGUUUGUCUUGGAUGAUGGUGGAGAGGUGGACUUGGAUCUGGGAAACUAUGAGCGGUUCCUAGACAUAAAGUUGACGCAUGAUAAUAAUAUCACCACCGGAAAGAUUUACCAGUCCGUCAUUGAUAAAGAGCGAAAGGGAGAGUAUCUGGGGAAAACAGUUCAGGUUGUUCCACACAUCACAGAUGCCAUUCAAGAAUGGAUUGAACGUGUAGCAGUCAUACCAGUUGAUGGUCAAGAAGGUCCUGCUGAUGUUUGUGUCAUAGAAUUGGGUGGUACCAUAGGGGAUAUUGAAUCAAUGCCAUUUAUUGAGGCUCUUGGACAGUUCUCUUACAGAGUAGGUGCUGGAAAUUUCUGCUUGAUACAUGUCAGCCUUGUGCCGGUUCUGAAUGUUGUUGGUGAGCAGAAAACAAAGCCCACCCAGCACAGUGUUAGGGGACUUAGAAGCCUGGGACUGACACCAAAUAUUUUAGCUUGCCGCAGCACAAUGGCGCUUGAUGAACAUGUGAAGGACAAACUAUCCCGAUUUUGCCAAGUUCCGUUGGAGAACAUCAUCACUCUCUACGAUGUUUCCAAUAUAUGGCGUGUUCCUCUGCUUUUACAAGACCAGAAGGCUCAUGAAGCAAUCUUGACAGUGCUGAACCUUUUCGGUGUUGGUCUGGAACCUGCUUUGGGGGAAUGGACAUCUAGGGCCGAACUUUGUGACAUGUUACAUGAGCCAGUCAGAAUUGCUAUGGUUGGAAAAUAUACAGGCCUCUCAGAUUCUUACCUCUCGGUACUGAAGGCUCUUCUGCAUGCUUCUGUUGCUUGCCGCCGGAAACUCUCUGUAGAUUGGGUUCCAGCGAGUGACCUUGAAGAUGCAACUGCAAAGGAGAAUCCUGAUGCUCAUAAGAUUGCUUGGAACUUGUUGAAGGGUGCAGAUGCGGUGCUUGUUCCUGGAGGGUUUGGUGACAGAGGAGUGGAAGGGAAAAUCAUUGCUGCAAAGUAUGCCCGUGAAAACAGAAUUCCAUUCCUCGGAAUAUGUUUAGGAAUGCAAAUUGCUGUCAUUGAAUAUGCACGAUCCAUUCUUGGACUUCAAGAUGCAAACAGUGCUGAGUUUGAUCCCAAUACUAGGAAUCCCUGUGUUGUUUUCAUGCCAGAGGGUUCAAAGACCCAUAUGGGAGGCACCAUGCGUCUUGGAUCAAGGAGGACAUAUUUUCAGGUCACUGACUGCAAGUCUGCAAAACUUUAUGGCAAUAGGAGCUUUAUUGAUGAGAGACAUCGGCACAGAUAUGAGGUGAAUCCUGACAUGGUGGCACAACUUGAAAAUGCUGGUCUCUCUUUCACUGGUAAAGAUGAAAGUGGUCGGCGCAUGGAGAUUGUUGAGCUCCCCCAUCAUCCAUACUUUGUUGGUGUUCAAUUCCAUCCUGAAUUUAAAUCAAGACCGGGAAAACCUUCUGCUCUUUUCUUAGGGUUUAUAGCAGCAGCAUGUGGACAAUUGGAUGCCCUCUUAAAGAAAUGUGUGGCGAAGGCAAGUUGUAUGAGCAAUGGUAAUGGAACAGUAAAACCAUACCGAUAUGGAAAUGCAAAUAAUCAUGCUAAUAAGACAUUAGAUGGGAUCUAUAUCAAUGGGAAUGGUCUGCAUGCUUGA